AUGGAGCAGGAUGUGGAGACCCCAGCGAUCAUACGACCCUCCAAGUUGCCCAAGCAGGCCCGUGAGGACCUGCCCAAGCACCUGGCCGAGAUGGACCGAGCCAAGAAGAUCCAGCGAUAUGUGCAGAAAGACGGCAAGUGCAACGUGCACCAUGGAAACGUGCGCGAGACCUACCGUUACCUGUCAGACAUUUUCACCACCCUGGUGGACCUCAAGUGGAGGUUUAAUCUCUUCAUCUUUGUGCUGGUCUACACAGUCACCUGGCUGUUCUUCGGCCUGAUGUGGUGGCUCAUCGCAUACCUGCGCGGGGACUUGGACCAUGUGGCAGACAAUCAGUGGACUCCCUGUGUGAACAAUCUCAACGGCUUUGUGUCUGCCUUCCUCUUCUCCAUUGAAACCGAGACCACCAUUGGCUACGGCUACCGCGUCAUAACUGACAAGUGUCCUGAGGGCAUUGUGCUGCUGCUGGUCCAGUCCGUGCUGGGCUCUAUUGUCAACGCCUUCAUGGUGGGCUGCAUGUUUGUUAAGAUUUCACAGCCAAAGAAACGUGCUGAAACACUAGUGUUUUCCUCCAACGCGGUCAUCUCCAUGAGAGACAGCCGACUGUGCCUGAUGUUCCGUGUAGGGGACCUUCGAAACUCACACAUAGUGGAGGCUUCCAUCAGAGCCAAGCUCAUCAAGUCCAAGCAGACCAAGGAGGGCGAGUUCAUCCCACUCAACCAGACGGAUAUCAAUGUGGGCUACAACACCGGAGAUGACCGCCUCUUCCUCGUCUCUCCACUCAUCAUCUGUCACGAGAUCAACCAGCAUAGCCCCUUCUGGGAGAUUUCCCAGGCCCACCUGGCCAAGGAGGAGCUGGAGAUAGUGGUCAUCCUGGAGGGCAUGGUGGAGGCCACAGGGAUGACAUGCCAGGCGCGCAGCUCCUAUGUGAGCAGUGAGAUCAAGUGGGGUUAUCGCUUCACUCCGGUGCUCACUCUGGAGGACGGCUUUUAUGAGGUGGACUACAACAGCUUCCACAACAUCUACGAGACAAACACGCCCAGCUGCAGCGCCAAGGAGUUGGCUGACCUGACAAACCGUGCGCGCCUGCCUCUCACCUGGUCCCUGGCCAGUAAACUGAGCCAGCAGGGUCUGGAGGGGUCCCGGGACCCAGAGGAGAGCUCCCCAGAGCCAUACACUGAGGACAAGAGCCAGACAGAGCGCAAUGGGGACAUCUCCAAAAUGGAGAGUGAGUCCAAAGUGUAGCAGAUGUAGGGUUACACUCCUGUUGCUGACUGACUGCCCCAGGACAACUCUGGCCCCUCUUAGGGGAAUGACAGUAGUGCUUUGCACGCCCUCACACACAGAUGAUAUUACACUACAUUACUCUA